AUGGACCCUCUCCCAGACCCUAAACAUGACCGCGUUGUCUCUUCUGUCCAACCCCCUCCCGCUAAACCCUUAUCAUCUUCUUUUCUUUUUCCGGAGGGUCCAGACGCCCCGCCCAACUGGAGAGAGCUGCGCUCUCACCUGCAGCGCGAAGGAAGGGUUUACAAAGAAGACUGUUUAGACAUAAUUCGAAGAGUGACGGAAAUCACCAGCAACGAGCCAAACCUCCUCAGGCUCAGCGACCCCAUCACAGGUAGGGUUUAG